GAGCUGCCUUUCAGUGUCACCCAUCAGUGCUAGUCAGUGCCACCUAUCAAUGCCAAUCAGUGCCACCUAUCAGUGCUGCCAAUCAGUGCCACCUAUAAGUGCCAGUCAGUGCCGCCUAUCAGUGCCAAUCAGUGCCACCUAUCAGUGUGCAUCAGUGCCACCUAUCAGUGCUACCUAACAGUGCCGGUCAGUGCCACCUAUCAGUGCCAUCAGUGCCUCCUCAUCAGUGCCCAUCAGUGCCACCUAUCAGUGUCCAUCAGUGCAG